AUGUCAUCAGUUGUACCUGAUUCGUUCAAAAAUUUGUCUUCUUCUUUGAAAACUCUUGAACUCUCUGAUUGCCACUUGCAAGGAAAAUUCCCAGAAAGCAUUUUCCACCUACCAAAUCUUCGACUCUUAGAUUUAAACGAUAACUAUAACCUCACAGGUUAUUUCCCUAAAUCUAACUGGAGCAGUCCGCUCGAGAUGUUGGAUAUCUCUUAUACUAGAAUCUCAGUAGAUUGGCAUCAUCUGACAAGAAAUUUCAAGUCUUUGAGAGAUUUGUAUCUCAGCAAUUGCAGUUUUGUAGGAUCACAUCUUGCAUUACCUGGUAACCUCACACAAAUCAUGUGGUUGGACCUCUUGUCUAACAGUUUUGGUGGCCAAAUCCCAUGGUUGCUUUUAAAUCUUGAGACACUCACUUACUUGGAUCUUAGUCGCAACAAUUAUGUCGGUCAGUUUCCAGAAGUUGAUAGCAACUGGACAUUGAACUCUUCUUUAUAUGAUUUUUCAAAACAACAACUAGUGGGUCCUAUUCCUCGACACUUAACCAUGCUCUUUUUAUAUGAGAACCAACUCAACGGAACAAUACCAUCUUGGUCAGGUAGUUUGCCAUCAUUGGAGCGGUUAGACCUCACAAGUAACCAACUCAGCGGGAAUAUCAUUAAGUUUCAUGGCCUAAUUCUGAGAUCAAUCUUUGAACUUGAGAACCUUAGGGUCCUUGGACUAUCAUCCAACCAACUCAGCGGUAAUAUCAUUGACUUCCAAUCUCGUUCUUUGUCACUGCUUGAUCUAUCAUCCAAUAACUUGAGUGGAAAUUUGGAGUUUGAAAAGUUUUCAAAACUCCAAAGUCUCAGGGCGUUUAAUCUUUCCUUUAAUCAUCUAUCCUUGAGCUUCAACCAUUUGAGUAACAACACCUGGCCUCAACUUGAGGCACUAGAUUUGUCGUCUUGUAACAUAAGACAGCUUCGGUGGAAAAACCUCCAGUAUCUUGACCUUUGCAACAAUUCACUUCAAGGAGAGCUUCCAAUUCCACCACUUUCCUCAUAUUACUUUUUCAUAUCAAACAAUCAAUUCACUGGAGAGAUGCCUCCAACAAUCUGCAGCCUAAGUAUGCUUCAUCAAUGCAUAGGGAACUUCAGUCAGAGCCUCUCUGUUUUGGAUCUACGGAAUAAUAAAUUUCAUGGAGCAAUUCCUAGCACAUUUUCUAAGGGAAAACUUUUGAGAAAUCUUAAUCUUAAUGGAAAACAGUUGGAAGGGUCGUUGCCGCCAACUUUGCUCACAUGUAGAGAGUUGGAAGUUCUAGACCUUGGAAACAACAAAAUUCAAGGCACAUUCUCAAAUUGGCUGGAAUCUCUUCUGAAUUUGCAGGUUCUUAUCUUGAGGUCUAACAAAUUCUAUGGUGAAAUAUGCUUGCCAAAAACUAAGUUUCCAUUCCAAAAAUUGCAUGUCAUAGACCUCUCCAACAAUCGGUUUAGUGGUCUUUUGCUAACAAAAUAUUUUGAACAUUUGAUGGCCAUGAUAAACUCGCAAGAACAUGAACUGAAAUAUAUGGGAGAGGGCUACUAUCAGGAUACUGUGGUAGUGACAAUUAAAGGCAUCGAAUUUGAAAUGGAGAAGAUCCUGACAUUCUUCACAAUUAUUGAUUUCUCAAACAACACUUUCAGAGGAGAGAUUUAA